AUGUCGUUGAAUGGCUUGGACGACCCAAAGGUCCAGGAAGCCUACGAGGCCGCUGUCGGUGAACCUGGAGGAUGGUUCCUCCUCAAGUACGCGAGUCGCGAUGAAGUCGAACUGCUGGGCCGUGGCUCAGGCGGCGUGCCUGAAGUGCGAAACAAUGUCGCCGAAUACGAAGAAACCAGCCCUCUAUAUGGUUUCUUGAGAUACCGAAGGAGAAACGUCUUGAUCAAGUACUUGCCAGAGGAUUGCUCUCGUCUUAUUCAAGCCCGAGUAGCUGUUCAUUUCAACGCCGUUUGCGAUCGAUUCUCCCCAUACGAUACCUUAUUUCAAAUCACCGACGCCAAGGAGCUCAAAGAUACCAGACUGUCGGCGGCCUGCUCCUUGCAUGCCGCUUCGGGUUCCAGUUCAUCGUCUACGAGCUCUCUGCGCCGAAGACGAUUAAUGGAGAUUGCGGAAGAAGAAGAGGACGAGCAGCAGCAGCGCGCUACAAAACGCCAAUCAGUUGCUGAGGACGACGAAGACGGCGAUGUUCGGCCCAAAACAGCCAAGACAAGCCACGAUCCGGCUUUGCAUGUAGAGCCAGUAACCCUGAACUCAGAGCUCGCGGAAUCCCCGGAGGAGAGUAAAUUUACCGACGCAUCAACCUCAGAGGUUCCCAACUUUGUUGGCGCUGAUGAUAGACCCGUCUCACCCUCUGAGUCUGAAGCAGUUCCGCGACUGUCAUCGCAAUCAGGGCGACCCGACUUGUAUCCUUAUUCAUCGUAUAAUUACGGCAAACCAAAGGUAAAGCUUGGUCCCCGUCCGUCGCUUGAGACAAACGGCCGACCUCGCACUGCUGGCUCUUAUCGUCCCGUUUCCCAGAUGCCCUCUGGCUUUAAGUUGUUUGGUAAAGGUUCCAAAAAGGAGAAGAGUAAGGACGACAGUACUACUACCGAGGAUACUCCUGCCGAGGACAAGGAUACACCGCCUGCGCAAGGCGAACUGCAGAUCGUUCAUACAGAGCUCACUCGUCCUGCGACCAGCUCUGGAGUUUCGAUUCCUGGUUCUCCUGGCUUGCCUCCGCCUGCACCCGCCAAACCGACCAUUUCACCGGAGAAGGCGAGAUUAAUGAAAGCCAUGAAGCUUCGAGAGAAAAAGAAGAAGGAUCUGGCGGUCGAAGCAGGGGCCCCGUCACCGCCUCUUGAAUCUCCUGGACCCAGUGAGGGUGGAUCAUCUACAGAUCGCGCUGAGGACAACCAAAAUCAACCCGAGACCGAACCAAAUCAGCCAUUGAUCUCGAAUGCCGACUCAGGUAUCGGUCUUGACACAUCUUCCGCCUCUAUGAAUACCGAUCACGCUUCCGAUCUUGCUCAGACCGAUUCUCACCCUGACAGUCCCGUCAUUGCAUCUUCUGAACCCGAGAUCUCAUCGACAAAAGCCUCUUCUCUUUCUGAAUCGACGGACGAGACUCUGCAUCCCAAGAAUGAGGAUGCGCACGAUCAGCGUCUAGACGAAAAAGCCGAUACUGACGAAAUCUCGGCCAAUACCGCAAACGACGAGACUGCUACUGAUAUAGACGCUGCGCCAGUCAAGGAUUCUCUGCCAUCUGAGAAUGAGGAACAGCUCGACAACGCACCUGCUCAGCCCGUGCCCGAAGCCGAUACCACCAUUCCAGUGAAGCAAGCAGACACACCCGCAAACGACACCGAACCCACAACGGACUCUAUCUCAAACAAAGUCGAGACAACCGAAGUAACGACCAACACCGAGAAAGAAGAACCUCUAUCCCCUACAACUGCUGCCUUGAAGAUCCCUAAAUCUAAAUUCUCGACACAGGAUUUGCGGUCGGCAGCGAACGAAGCCCCUGCCGCAGUCCCCAGCUCUCCUCAACAGGAAAUCCGCGAGACCAGCCCAAUCAUUGUCACCGAAGAAGCUACCGAGAAGGAGAAGGAAGGCGAGGAAGAAGAAGCCGACGUAUCUGAAACGAAACAACAAAAGCGCAAGGCCAACAUCGAGCCAAUCAAGACAGAUCUUGCGGAAGAUAAAGACACUCUAUCUGAUGACGAGGAUCUGAUGGAAGAACUACACAGCGCGACCCUUCACGAGGCGAAGCCUAUGACUGUUGCUAAGAGCCCAGUCACUCCGGUGUUCCCCAGCCCAACCAAGAGUGAACGAUCCCCUGUCGCCAGAACUGUUUCGAACCCUGUUCACGGCAAGCUUCUUGCGCCUGGUGAUGUAACUACGAGUUCGGCACGAUCUGUUAGCUCAGGGGGAGCUGCUUACUUGCACAAGAUCGCCCAACAGCCCGGUGGUCCUACCCUUUCUCGCAAGGGCACUGUGGGAUCGAGUAUUUCUCAGCGUAUCAAAGCACUUGAAAAGCUCUCGGCCAGUACGGGCGAGACACUUAGUCCUGCACCCACUGCUUCUGCUCGGGAGAGACCUUCUUCAGCGUUUUUCUCUGUGCGAAAAAGCCGCGAGCCGUCCCGAUCCCCUUCUGUGGUAGACAGGGCCAGCUCUUUCAAUCGUUCCAACCUUCGAACGCCUCCUUCUCGAUCUGGUUCGCGAGAUGAGUCCCCCGAAAGGACAGGAAGAAAGGGUCGAGGACGCUCAACAUCAGUGGCUAGUCGCCUAUCUGUAUUCGAAGCGAACCCCGCAGAGAACGAUGGAUCUCCUGGUUCGGAAUCGAUCUCGGUCACUGCUAGAAUAGUCCGUGACCCAAGCCAAAACCCAUCACAUUCGUUUGAACCCCCGAAGGAUCCAUCUGAGUUUAACCCAGUGGAACUCCAGGAAUCCCCUCUCUUGGUAGACCACCAAAAGGCGUCAUCGGGUUGGAACCCUGGCACUCUCGAGCCGCCAAAAGAGUCCUUGAUUGAGCGACGGAUGUCUAAGGACGACGGAGACAAAGAGGACCAGUCUCGACGGUCUUCGCUCAGCGUAGUCCGAGACUUCAUUAACGAUCGCCGCAAGUCCCUCACAUCACCUUCAGCCGAUGUCCUUCCUAAGGGCUCGCAAUCUCCAACUCGCCCACCGUCAACACAUCAGGGCAAGCGACUGUCAAUUAGCAGUCGCCGAUCAUCCAUUAGUCGCGAUAGAGAGAAUGUUCUUUCGCCUUCCGCUACCACUGAGAGUUCUGUAUCCGGCGACGAGAACAAGUCCAAUGGUGAGAAGAUGAAGUCCCGGGCAGGCCGCUUCAUGCGCCGCCUCUCGUCUCUUUCCAGCUCCCGUGGCAAGACUACGCCCCCAACCGUCCUUUCACCGACCGUGCAGGAGGAGCAGGUUCGCCCAGCGACCACUGGACCCCCAUCUAUCGUCUCAUUUAUGGGUGAUGUCAAUGUGCAGUUCCCAGACAACCUACUCUGGAAGCGCCGCAACAUGUGCCUAGACUCCCAAGGCUUCCUCAUUCUGAGCGCGCUCCCAUCGCAGAGCAGUCGUACUGCCCAGGGUACCAAGCGAUAUCACCUGAGCGACUUCCGAGCACCAUACAUCCCUGAUGUUGAGGUUCAGGAGCUACCCAACAGUGUGGUUCUGGAUCUCGUUGACGGUAGCAGUGUACAGCUCGCAUGCAUGGACCGUGCCGGGCAGGUAGACAUUCUCAGCACCCUGCAAGAAGCCCAUGCCAAGCAUGCGACACCAUUCGCGCUGUAA